CAAAGAAUAGACUUGCGCAGUCUGUGAUUUAGUAUACUUUAAGUGAAGUAUUGGCAAAAUAGGUUUUCACUGCCAAUUGAUUUAAAAAACCUAAAAUUAUAUUGCCUCCCAGUAGACGCACAUUUUGGUUUUUUUUCGUAAGAACACGAGAUACGUUUUUACGAUUUUUUGUUUUUUCCCAUUUCUCUUUUCGACUUUAAUUCUUUUCUUUUUAUUUGCUACAUCUAAAAAGGAAAGGUAUUAAAAUAAGGACAAAAAAAUCGUAGAUAAAAAUUUGAUUGGGAACUGAUAGUAGAGCAAGAAACCUCUAUUUAACAUAAUAAAGGCUCUUUGACUUUUGUCGCGUCUAUAGAAUUUUAUAAUGGACUCACAAUCUUUAGUUGACUCCAUUUAUUUUGUGGACUUCACUCACCCAUCCCAGCAAGAGAACAAAUUUAUUGGUUUGAUUCCAGAUCAAAGGAUUGCAAUCGUUCCAGAAUUUACUUUAGAAUGUGGAGAAGUUUUAUAUGAUGUACCUGUGGCUUUCAAAACAUGGGGAGCAUUAAAUAAAGAAAGAAACAAUUGCCUUCUUCUCUGUCAUGCUCUUAGUGGUUCUGCUGACGCUGCAGAUUGGUGGGGUCCUAUGCUUGGUCCAGGCCGUGCCUUUGAUCCUACGCACUUCUUCAUUGUCUGUCUCAAUUCUUUAGGAAGUCCUUACGGAAGUGCUUCUCCAGUCACCUGGAAUUCUGAAACCAAAUCAAUUUAUGGCCCCGAAUUUCCUCUGACAACAGUGCGCGAUGAUGUUGCUCUCCACAAGCUGGUAUUGCAGCGUCUAGGCGUUGAACAAAUAGCCAUGGCGGUUGGUGGAUCUAUGGGGGGUAUGCUUGUUUUGGAAUGGGCCUUUGAUACCAACUAUGUUCGCUCUAUUGUUCCCAUCUCAACGUCCUUGAGACAUUCAGCUUGGUGUAUUAGCUGGUCGGAAGCUCAACGCCAAAGUAUCUAUUCUGACCCCAAAUUUAAUGACGGGUUCUAUGAUAUGGAUGACCAACCAUUGAGUGGACUGGGUGCUGCACGUAUGUCUGCAUUACUAACGUAUCGUUCCAAGUGUUCGUUUGAACGUCGUUUCGCUCGUAAGUCACCAGACUAUAAUCGCCAUCCUUAUCCUGAUCGUGUUCCUACUCCGAUGACUCCUGGGGAUGCCCAUUGGGUAGUUCACAACGAGGGCAAUGGUUAUCGUCGUGAGCGUCCAUCUCGAUCCAGGGAUUCAUCGCCCGAAUCACCUGCUAGUGGAAGUGUCAAGGCGUCUUCUACUCCUUCGUUGUCUCAAAGUACAGGGAGUGUUUCAGGUACGCAGAGUCCUUCAUUGCGUCGUCCUGCGAAUACUUACUUUUCUGCUCAGUCUUACUUACGCUACCAAGCAAAGAAGUUCGUAGGUAGAUUUGAUGCUAAUUGCUAUAUUUCUAUCACAAAGAAACUUGAUACUCAUGACGUUAGUAGGGACCGUGGAUCAGAAGAUCCCAAGGAAGUUAUGAAACACCUUACGUUACCUGUGUUGGUAUUGGGAAUUGAAAGUGAUGGUCUGUUCACGUAUGAUGAACAAGUAGAGAUUGCUUCCUGUUUUCCCAAUGGCAAAUUAGAAACCAUCAUUUCGGCCGAGGGCCAUGAUGGGUUUUUACUUGAGUUUACACAAGUUAAUUCCUAUAUUCAAAAGUUUGAAGAAGAACAUCUUGGCGACAUCAUGUCACAGAAAAAUGCUUCAGCCGAAUUGGAAUUAGAGUCUCUUAAUGCCCAACGUGAAAGCGUUUUUGGUGAAAUGGAAGAUAUUACUUCCUGGUAAAAAGCUAACUUGGUAAAUAUAAUGGCUGGGAAUUUGCAGUCGAAAUCUAUAACUUAUCUGUAUGAUGAGUAUCCGUCUGAAACAUUUUUAUCAAUAUACCAUUGAUAAAUUGAUAAAAAAAAAGCAAGAAAAAAAUUUAGAAAAAGAUCAUGUUCUUAGUUUAGUCAACUGGGGGAUUCAACUCCUCUUGAACAUAUGAACAAUGAUUUGAAAGUUUAUGUGAUGAUUUGCAUGUUUAUUUUAUGACUAUUUUAAUUGUGAUGUCGGUUUCGCUAUGAGGUAUUUUUUAUUCUCCGUUUUAUUCGUUUUCUGCUUUGUCUUGUUAGGUAGGAGAUACUCCUCGCUACGUGAACAAGAUAUUUAGCAUUUAUUGCAUUCAAGGUAAUUUUCGAAAGAAGGAUAAUUGAAUCUUUUUGAUGACCUCGUUUUCUGUUUUGAAGCUGGCUUCUUACCCCUCCAACAUGGGGAUUUAUAUACCACGCAAAAAUGUCUGUCUAGGUUAAUUGAUACGGAUGAGAGUUUUUUUUCAUUAUUUUUUGUUUAGAUUGUUAAAAAAAAAUAAAAAACUCGUCUGUUUCAGGUUAUGGAACGGAAAUGUUUCUACAUUGUGCUUUUAUCCGAGACUUUGGUUGGAGAU